AUGCACAUCACCAGAGCUGUCAACGAAAAGGCUGAUGGGCAGACCAUGCAAUACAAGCUCGUCGACCAUGUCAGAAAAUUCUUAGAGAGGGACGAGAAGGAGAGGAUGAACGACAAGCUGACAAACUUCUUGCACUCGUACACGAUGCGGCGAAUAGCGACUGGUUAUCAGGCGAGGCUAUCAACAGAAAUGCGUUAUCUCACUUUAAGCGACCCUAUUGUGCGCAAUUUUGGACCGACCAGACCGCCUGAGCAGCCUGUCAGGCAUAUGAACCUCGCCGCUCCUGCACCAGUACCGCGGCCUGUUGAUUCCUCGGCGCCCGAAAUUUGCAUCCAAAAGGGAAAGCACUCAAGUGAUGUGCGCAGAGUCUGCAAGAGUUGCAGUCUCCAAUCAUGCGGUGCUUUGAAAGCAGUACAUUGCGUGCUUCACCCCUCAAAACUUGAGUCGUGCUGA